GUUGAAAUUUAGAAAUACCGACAAUAACGCAUUCCAUUGCCCCAUAAGAUGAAUCACAUCGACGUAAUUGACAGAUAUCAGAAAUUUCCACCCACACGCCCUUCAUCUUCUCCCCUCCCACCGUUGUUACAGUUUUUUUCACAAGUCACCACCGCCACAAGCCUUCGGCUCCUGAACUCUCCCCCUGCAUACCAAGCAAUGCCAAGUUCGCAGAUCAUCAAUGACCUUCCUAAGCGAGAUAAAGAUAAGAAACACAAACUUGGCAUGCAGGACAAGCAUCAAAUCAUCGAAUCGACACCUCAUCUCAUCUUGAAGUGUGCCCAGGUGAGCAAAAGGCCGGUUGUUUGUCUCCGUGGUUGUGGUUGGAAUGGAGGGGUUUGAGACAUGGGAUGGGAUGACGGAGGGGCGACUCAGGUGAAUGGCACGUGUAUGUUUAUUUUGUUCCGC